CAAACUUUACUGUUUACUUUUCAACCGGGACCGAAAAAUCCCAGAAUGAUUUGAAAUUUAAUUUGUAAAACAAAAAUCAAUUCCAACGAUGGACUCCGCGUACGAAAAAUACUACCCCGAGCAGGAGGACGUCAUCGACUGGACGCGCGAGGCCACCGGCGUAAUAGGGGACAUUGUCCGGCACGUUGCCGUGGCCCAAAUCUCCACCGUUUUGAAGCCCACCGACUCGGAGUCGUUCAUCAACCUGCGCACGCUGGACGGGACGGAACUGUGCGUGAAGUUAAACUGCGAGGGUCUGCAGAUUGUGGGCGAUCGGUUCGACAGUGCCACGCUGGAGGACGACGGGGUGCGGUACGAGACGCCCUACUCGCUGCUUUCGGCCGUGAGUCCGGCUUACGUGCAGUCUUUUGGGAGCUGUUUGGCCGACGCGUUGAGCCGGGAGUUGCAGGAACGGCUGGUAGGUAAUGGCGCGAUGGUUGAGAGUUCUGAGGAGAUCGGUGAAGGGCUUGAGGGGCCGGAUUGAAGGGGUGAUUCGGUAAGUUGGCUUUUAGCCUUUUAGUUAAUUUUUUAACUUGUUUUAUUUAUUGAAUAAUGAUUUUAGCUU